GCAGCAACGCCUCCGUCUAUGUUGCCCUGGCUCACUAUUUUUUUUUAUUGCCGUUUUGGGAUCAUUUUUAAUACUUUAUAGCUUCAUGUUUUCGCUCGUGUGGCUAUAAGGGCAUGGAAGGCCAAGUUAUCGGAGCCGGGCCAUACCGGGCCACGAAGCUGUGGAAUGAAACCAUUAAGCUUUUUCGUGGAGGUAUGCCGUUACGGAGGCACUGGGCGAACUUUCGCUGCUACGACUGCACUUUCACCGGUUCAGAGGCAGUGGAUUACCUUCAUGAGCUGCUCCGAAGCAACUACAACUUUGGGCCCGAGGUAACACGUUACCAGACUCUGCAGCUGCUCAGGAAGUUCUUUAAAGCCCACGUGAUUGAAGACGUCAAAGGACGCCACGGGACAGAGGACUUUGAAGACAACAGCCAUCUGUACAGGUUCCCCACAAUGUCUCCGCUCAAGUCUCUUCCAACAAGACCGUCAUGGAGAGACGGCAGCGACCUGCCCAGGCUCAUCCGCUGGGAUGACUACGAGGAACUGCCUCAGAAAGAAAAUGUUGCACCUCAGAAAUCUGCAGAACUGACUUCAGACUUAUGGAAUAAAAGACACAGCGUUGCCAUUGGAGAUGUGCAUGAAUGCAAGCUCAUACGUAGGAGGGAAGUGACUUCCAAACAAGUGGACCACAUCUGGAAAUCGAUGACUAUCACACAUUUGCAGAGAGUUCUGGGCCUGAAGUCGUUGGAUGGAAUUUUAAACCCAGCACAUGUGAAUGGGAAAGACAUUGUUGUCAAUAUCUUCAAUGUUAAUAAAACAGGCAUAGUUGUACUGGAAAACAAAGCUGAGGACAUGCCGUAUUGGGUGGUCUCAGCAAUGAAAUGCCUUGCAAACUGGCCUGAAGGCAACGACGCCAAACAGCCGCUGUACCCAGGGUUCGAGAGAGAUGUUCUGAGGACCGUAGCAGAUUAUUAUCAGAAACUAAAAGAGCCUUUGCUGACCUUCCAUCUUUACGAGGUCUUUGUCAACAUCCUCAGCCUGCUACAGGAGCAGGAUAAAGCCAUCGAGGCCCUUCAAGUCAGCUGCCUGCUGCUGCCACCGCCAAACCGCAGACGGCUCCAGCUUUUACUGCGCCUCAUGGCUCGCGUCUGCCACAAUCCCCGCCUGCCUCCUCUUAACGACACUAUUGCUACCCGCACGCUGAUGGUGCAGAUGUUCUCUCACUGCGUCCUGGGCUCCCCCGAUGACAUGGACUUGGACGAGUUGCUCGCUACCAAACUGGUGACCUUCAUGAUGGAGCACCACGGCGCGAUCUCCCAAGUGAAUGCCAAGCUGCGUUGCCAGGUUGAGGAGCAUCUGUCACACUUGAAAAGAGCUCAGAUCAAAUAUGCAGGCUCGGAUACAGAUUUCAGUGCAUCGCCGGCUUUCUGCAAACAGAUCAAGAGAGUAGACUGUGAGGAGCAGAAAGUUAUAGGAACACAGAUCCCCCUGCAGCAGCUGCUGGAAGGUCUGAUCGCAGACCAAGAGCUCCCUGCAAAAGACAAGAGGAAAAGACUCAAACAGUUCCAGAAGUCUUACCCAGAGGUGUACCAAAAACGAUUUCCCACUGAGGAAAGUAAAGCUGCUGUCAUUCCUGAGAAAGCCCCACGGCUCAAACCUCACCUCGUGCUUUUCAACCUCAAGAAACCAUUCCAGCCUUUUCAGAGAAGCUGGAGUUUCAGGGCAUGAGCUGCCACUACUGAUGCUCCUUUGUGCUCCAACCUCCAAAACUCAUCUCAACCUCAUUUAAUCACAAGGCACUACAAUUGUAGCUAUAACUGUGGGUGGACUGGCCACAGUUUUGCUACAUUUUAUUAACAGCUGUAGUUUUAUUUUAACGAUCAAGUCAGUUUCUAUGGUAUUGUUAGGCAUAAAGGCAAAUUUAGUUCAUUUUCAUAAUCACAAGGGAUUUUUGCCUUUCCACAUAAUCUGUUUUGGCAGAUGAACACUUGCUCUUAUCAUGUGAGAGGGUGAACAGAUCUUUUUCUAAGGGCACGUGUCAUAUUUUGUACAACUUCUAUGUUUAGGUUAAAGCUCUGAAUGGCUGUUAAAAUUUUCAUCAUCCAACUCGAGACAAAAUAUGUAUGGGGCAACGUUGUGUUCAAAAUGUUAAACUCGGGCAUUGAUGCAUAUAACAAAGGACUUCUCAGAUAAAAGUAUUGAUGGCGAACUCUUAAGCUUUGAUAUAAAUUCAUAAAGUAAGGAAUGAUAUAACUAUUUUUCAAGUUAAGAGAACAAAGUCAAAUGUGUUACAUUAAAGCCAUGGCUUGGAGACCUAGUAGACAAGCAACCUAUCCAAGCAUUUAAAAGUAGAAAUGCAAAUCUUCUAUUGUCUAGCAAUCCUGAAUUUUAGGGACCUGAUUCGAUUCAGAAACAAUAUUAAAUUCAGAAACCAAUUUUUCUUUUCAAACGAUCGACAGAUUCUGUUUAACUUAUCUGACUGACGAGAGGAAACGCAGUGUAAACAAAUAGAACAUUUGAAACAAUUUUCAUUCCCAUCCUAUCUAACCUGGCUUUUUUUUUUUUUUGUUUGUUUUUUUUUUUCUUUUUUUUUUCAAAAUUAAAAAGUAUUUACGAAAUAUUCAGAAUACAUACGGUGGGUGAGGCCGCCUUCUGUGGUGGCAGAGCAGAUGCGUAAUGUGAUAUGCAGUAAGUUUUUGCUUCAUUUAUUUAGAUGCCACCAGCUUUACUUGGACAGGCUCUUGCAUUAGUGAAUUGUGCAGUGGAAGUGAAUGGAAGCAGCAGAAAGUGCCCCUUUUCUCCACAUAAUCAGUUCCUGCUGUAUUUGUCAGCAUGUAACUGAAGUAAAGUGAUGCUGAUGUCGAAACGUUAUUUCAAGGUCAUCAUCAAUCAUAUGACUUAAACUCAUUAAGCCUGUCUGAUAUUAGUUUCUUUUACAUAAAAUGUUUAGCUCUUAAAGGAGACUUCACGCUAUUGCUACAUGUGGUAAGGUUGAUAUGAUUUGUUCAUUUGAUAAACAAAUCAUAUCAUAAAAAGACAUUAAAAAAGAACAAUGGAAUAAUGAUACUUGCCCUUUGAGAAAGGUUUUUUUUUUUUCUCCAAAACUAGAAAUUAUGAUAUAAUUGAUGUAAUAACACUGGAGUUAUUAGUCAUCUUAAAAUAAAUAACUAUUUUGAAUUUAUGUACUUUUUUAUGUUCUAGAUAAAAAAAAAUAACUUACUGAGACAAAAGUUUUAAAAGUAUUGACAAGUUUUGUGUGUAGAUUAUACCACUUCAUUCAGUAUUGAUUAUGUGAGAUGAUUUUCUGUUACAUAUCAGAUAUUUUUUAUGCAUUUGUAACUAAGUGGAUUAAGUUAGGGGCAGAAAUGUCCAUGUCAUGUUUUGCUGUAAUGAUGAUGAUGCUGAAUUUAGGCAGCUUAAUUGUGUACUAAUUUUUAAUAAUGUACCUGCUAUAAAUGAACAUAUCAAAUGGUUCUGUAGAAUUGCUGACUCAGAACAGAACCAUGAGUGGAUUAAAAGUUGACCGGUACUUUGACAACCACUAUAAUUAUAGACAGACUUAGACUGUCCAGAUGUAUUACUUUCAUAUCAUCAUUAUUAAUUUUUUUCUGAUGUUUUUUUUAUUUUGUUUGUUUUUUGUAUAACUGCAUUGUAGAGACCUCAUCUCAGGUUUUUACGUGAUUCUUUUUGUUUUGUAUAUAUGUUUUGCUUCCUUACAUGGUACUUAUUUCAUUUACUUUUUUUUUUCUCCUCAUGACCUUAAACGUAGCUACCAAUUUAAUCUAAUAUCUGCUUGUCCUGCUAUGUCAGUGAAUUUUCCCUUCACAUAAUUUGAGACUUGAAAUGUUGGAUUUUCAUAAUCUUUAAUGCUGGAAUAGCUGUUACACUUGAAUUGCUGCUUAGUGUGAUAAGAAAACACUGGAGGAAAGUCAAUUUAAUUUCUAAUUUUCCUAAUAAAAAGUUGUCACUGCUGUGU